AGGCAUCAAAUGGACACCUGAUGAGAACGGAGUCAUUGCCUUUGACUGUCGAAACCGUGGCUGGUACAUUCAGGCGGCCACUUCUCCCAAGGACAUUGUGAUUCUGGUGGACACAAGCGGCAGCAUGAAGGGGCUUCGGAUGGCAAUCGCCAAGCACACCAUCACCACCAUCGUGGACACUCUGGGAGAGAAUGACUUUGUCAACAUCAUCGCGUACAAUGACUACAUCCAUUACAUCGAGCCUUGCUUCAAAGGGAUCCUUGUCCAGGCGGAUCGAGACAACCGUGAGCACUUCAAGCAGCUUGUGGGGGAUCUGAUGGUCAAAGGUGUGGGUAUCGUGAGCCAAGCCUUGAGCGAAGCCUUCAAGAUCCUGAAACAGUUCCAAGAGGCCAGACAAGGAAGCCUCUGCAACCAGGCCAUCAUGCUGAUCACUGAUGGGGCCGUAGAGGACUACGAGCCUGUGUUUGAGAAGUACAAUUGGCCAGACCGCAAGGUCCGAAUCUUCACUUACCUGAUUGGGAGAGAAGUGACUUUCGCUGACCGCUUGAAGUGGAUCGCAUGCAACAACAAAGGUUAUUACACACAGAUCUCCACACUGGCUGACGCCCAGGAGAACGUGAUGGAAUACCUGCACGUGCUCAGCCGCCCCAUGGUCAUCAAGCACGACCAUGACAUCACCUGGACAGAAGCCUACCUGGACAGCAAGCUGUUCACCUCUCAGGCCCAGAGCCUGACGCUUCUUACCACGGUGGCCAUGCCCGUCUUCAGCAAGAAGAACGAAACGAGAACCCAUGGCAUUCUCCUGGGCGUGGUAGGCUCCGAUGUGGCCCUGAGAGAGCUCAUGAAACUGGCACCCCGGUACAAGCUGGGAGUGCACGGGUAUGCCUUUCUGAACACCAACAAUGGCUACAUCCUCUCACAUCCUGACCUCCGACCCCUGUACAAACAGGGGAAGAAAUUGAUCCCCAAGCCCAACUACAACAGCGUGGAUCUUUCUGAGGUGGAGUGGGAAGACCAAGAUGAAACACUGAGGACAGCCAUGAUCAAUGGAGAGACAGGCUCUUUCUCUAUGGACGUGAAGGUUCCACUGGACAAAGGGAAGAGGGUUCUCUUCCUGACCAAUGACUACUUCUACACAGACAUCAGUGACACGCCAUUCAGCUUGGGGGUGGUGCUCUCAAGGGGCCAUGGAGAAUACAUCCUUCUGGGGAAUACAUCUGUGGAAGAAGGCCUGCAUGACCUGCUUCACCCGGACCUCAGCCUGGCCAGUGACUGGACCUACUGCAUCACUGACAUUGACCCAGACCACCGCAAGCUCAGCCAGCUGGAGGCCAUGGUCCGCUUCCUGCUCAGGGAGGACCCAGACCUGAAGUGUGACGAGGAGCUGGUGAGGGAGGUUCUGUUUGAUGCCGUGGUGACCGCCCCCAUGGAGGCAUACUGGACAGCCCUGGCUCUCAACGUCUCUGACGAGUCUCAGCAGGCGGUGGACAUGGCCUUCCUGGGCACCAGGGCUGGUCUCCUAAGAAGCUGCUUGUUCGUGGGCUCUGAGAGGGUCUCUGACAAGAAAUUCUUGACUCUGGAAGACGAGGCCAAUGUGUUCACCAUGGACCACUUCCCUCUGUGGUACCGCCGGGCCGUCCAGCAGCCUGCUGGCAGCUUUGUCUUCAACCUGAACUUUGCAGAAGGACCAGAAGGUCUGGGUGAGCCUGUGGCAGUAACAGCCAGCACAGCCGUGGCCGUGACAGUGGACAACAAGACAGCCGUCGCUGCAGCGGUGGGCAUCCAGCUGAAACUGGACUUCCUGCAAAGUGCAUUCUGGGCAGCAACACAGCAGUGCAGCACUAUGGACGGACCCUGCACAAACACCUGCCAGGAUAAUGACCUGGACUGCUUUGUCAUUGACAACAAUGGCUUCAUUCUGCUGUCAGAGAGGCCCCAGGAGAUGGGAAGAUUCCUGGGGGAGGUGGACGGUGCACUCAUGACUCAGCUGCUUGGCAUGGGUGUGUUCAUCCAUCGCAGAGUGACAAUGUAUGACUACCAAGCCAUGUGCAGACUUGCAAGUCACCACCACAGUGCCGCCCAACCACUGGCUAGUCCUCUCUCUGCGUUCCUGUCUGCAGCCAGGUGGCUGGUAUAUGAGUUCUUCCUGUGCUUGCUGGAGUGGGGUGCCUGGGACCCCUGGAUUGCAGACAGCAGGGCUGAGGCAAAGUCUGUCUUUCAUCACUCCCACAAGCACAAGAAGCAGGAUCUGCUGCAGCCCUGUGACACCAAGUACCCGGUGUUCGUGCACCAGACGGCAGUGCGGGAGGCCAAUGGGAUCAUCCAGUGCGGGGCCUGCCAGAAGAAUUUUGUGAUGCAACAGAUUAUGAACAGCAACCUGCUCCUCCUGGCCACAGACACGACCUGUGACUGCAGCGUCUUCCCACUGGUCCGGCAGGAGGCCACAGAAGUCCAGUAUAUCGCCUCUGUCAAGUGCAACCGGCUGCGCUCCCAGAAGCAGCGGCGGCGGCCAGGCUCCUGCCAUGCCUUCCACCCAGAGGAGAACGCCCAGGACUGUGGUGGCACUGCUGACAGGUCAGCCGCAGUCUCCCUGCUACUGCUGCCUCUGUGUGUCUGGGUGCUGCCACCCCAGCUGCUGUGGUGACACCCUCACCCCCAUGCCUGUUCUGAUAAGGCCAUGUUUCUGGAGACACUUCUGAGAACCAGACACUGUGGUGGGGCCUGGCUCAAUACACCCAGGUCAAGGCUUCCCUCAGUCUUGAUGUUAAGUGUUCCAGCCUCUUGAACCAGCUAGACGGAGACAGAGACCACCUCACAAAGGUCUUCUGAGAUCACCUAUGCCAAGUCUGAUGGGAAGCUUCCCAUCUCUGCUACUUUCUCUUCAGGAUUCCAGCGUGAUAUCUCUUUAGGUCAAGCCAAAAGUAUUCUAUUCCAGCAGGCCAAGUGAUAGCACAGGACUAAACACACAUAGUACAAAGUACCAGGACCAGUGCAAGGGUCUAGGUUCGAACCCCCAGCUCCCCACCUGCAGGGGGAACACUUCACAAGUGGUGAAGCAGGUCUGCAGGUGUCUCUCUGUCUCCCCCUCCUCUCUCAAUUUCUCACUUUAUUUCCAAUAAAGUGGAAAAAAUGGCUGCUGGGAGCAGUGGAUUCAUAGUGCCAGUACCAAGCCCCAGUGAUACCCUGGAGGCAAAUAAUAAAUAAAUUAAUAAAUUCUAUUCCAUCUAUCUUUGGAAGCUCUGACCCAAAUCCAAGACAGAGUCAGCUGCUUCUAAUGAACCUAGCUGGUCUGCAGAAGAAUCCAGGACCUUGAAACAGCAAAACUGAGACCAAGGCAAGAUUGUGUAUACCUGAUCUGAAACAGUUGUUUAGAGUGAGCUAUGAGAUUCAUGUAGAAACUGCUGAUGGAAGAAUUUCUGCUUGACUGUAUGUGUAUGGUGUGGGGGGGGGAUGAGGGAGGGAGAGAUAAAGCAGAGAAUUGAAUAUAGAAAUGACCCCGAGUGGGCAUAGGCAUUAAUUUGUUUUAGAUCCACAUGUUCUCUGAAAACUGGUAUUAAAAAAUUCUAAAACAUU